AACCCACGCUGGUGAUGAGCAAAGCGCACCAGAUGAGUCUGCAGGUGGAGAUUAUUAAAGAUAUUUUUAAUAAAAUUUGUAAGGAAUAAAAUUAAGUUUUUAAAGAGUGUUGCUAUAGAAAUAUUCUGUAAUAAAAAUGUUUAUAAAGCAGUGCUUGUAUCUUAAAAGUAUAUGGUUUAAUAUUUGCUCCGAAAACCAUUAUGGCUCACAAUUUUUGUAAUUGAGUAGUUAUGUUUCCUGCCACUGAUAAGCCCGCUGACAAAAAGGGUCUGUCGAAUACAUUGAUUAGCGUGCAGAACUGCCAAUUAGCCCCGAUUUUCCCACAGUCAUAGUUCAGCGCCUGAGCGAAAUGGGAGAAAUUGGGUUGAAGCCAGAACCCUCCUCUGAGGAUAAUGAGGAUGAGCACCAGGAGUCCAAGAAGGGGAAGAAAAAGGAGGAGAGCCGAUGGGUUUCAACUAGGCGAUACGCUAGACUCCCAUUAAAAAUUAUAGCCCUUUUGGCCACUGUCUAUGUGUGUAUCCUGUCUUCGGAGCGGUAUUUCUACUACUGGGUGCAGACCUCCAUAGAGAGGACCGAUAUGCAUGUGUCGGAGAUACACUUUCCAGCUGUUACCAUUAUCCCAAUGAAUGUCACCUGGUACAAUUUAUCGCAGAAAUCGGAAAAACUCAACAGAGCCUACAAUUUGGUGCAAUCCGUAUUAUGGCAGACCCCCAUGGCGUUUAGUUUGACGGAGGAGAACUUUACAGAGUUUUCAGACAUUGAAACCUUAAACGUUAGAAAAUGGGCAAUCUCCGAGUCCUGGCAGCUUAAUUGCAAACAUUUCUUCGCGGAGUGUCAGUGGCGCCGAAAACCAAUGAACUGUUGUGAUAUUUUUCGUUCUGGAACGACCUUUAAUGGAUUCGCCUUUAUGUUCAACUCGCCGCUCUCAUAUGACACAGUCGAAUCUUGGCCUUGGUCCGUUGCAGCAUCGGGAUCUAAGUCUGGGCUAAAUGUAAAAAUCAAACGGCAGCACAGCCAAUACUUUGUUAAUUCAUUGGGGGUUAUAGUACAUGAACCAUAUCAAUAUCUGGGCAUGGGCAUUGAUUAUUCUUCAGAAGAACGAAUUGUGGUUCCAGUGGAACCCCUUCAUUUUACUGCCGAACUAGAAGUCAAAGCCCGUCCGCUACAAAUGCGCAGAUGCUUGUUUCCGAACGAAGUUGAACACUUUAAUCAAUCCCGCUCGGGAUGUAUCUACAACUGCCAUUUUGACUACAUAAUGCAAAAGUGUAACUGCACUUUGGAUUUACCAGUAAAAAUUGAUUUGGAUGAAUCAAACAUUACGGAUGCGAAGGCGAAUAACGGACUUAGGAUUUGUGGUGUUAAGGACUUGUCAUGUUUUUAUAAGCAUAAGCUUUCCCUGUUUUCCAUGAGCAACAUCAUCGAGGAGUCCAGAGAUAACGUUUUUACCACAGUUGAUUGCGGAUGUUUUCCCCUAUGCGAUCACACUCAGUAUCAUACGUCCACCUAUACGGAAAGAUUAGUCACCCAGACCACAAAAUCCGCGGAAAUAGAGAUAGAUGUUUACUUCCAGGAGGAGACUUUUUCGUAUCGCUCCAUGCUUCGAUUUACUCUCAUCGAUUUGAUGGUUUCCUAUGGAGGAAUAGCAGGUCUUAUAAUGGGCAUCUCGGUGCUGGGUUGCUUGAAUAACUUCUUGGAUCACUUCGCCUGUUGUCGCCUACCUCACAAUUCCUAAUGUGACACUGUGAAAUCCCAGCCUUCACCUGCUGCGUUCUCACGUUUCCGCACCAACCUGUAAUCGAAGCACACACAAAUAAACACUACACCUGGUUCUUGGGACCUAAACACAUAAAUAAAUC